CAUGGGGCGCCGCCGGCGGCCGAGGGAGCGUGACUGCGCUGCGCAGGGCGCUAGGAGGCAUUGUCGCCCUGUGCCAUUGGUGUGGUCCAGAAGACCCGCUGGAGCCAACGUUGGGGGAGCUUUCACGCAUGGCUCAGGAGGCUCGGGUUGCUCUUCCAAGCGGCUGCCAGGCUCUAAAGUUCCUGAGUGACUACACCAGUAACUAAAUAUAGGAGCAGCUGGUGUGGACGGCGUGUCGCAGCAGCUCCUUUGCACAGAUCUUGGGGCUCAAGAUAAGGUGCAGGCCCCCUUGUGAGCAGCAGACCGGCCUUGUGGCUGGCAGCAGGACACCCACGUCUGCAUGCUGAGGAAAAUGGGUGAGGCGGUGGCCAGAGUUGCGAGGAAGGUCAAUGAGACGGUGGAGAGCGGCUCUGACACCCUGGAUCUGGCCGAGUGCAAGCUGGUUUCUUUCCCCAUUGGCAUCUACAAGGUCCUGCGGAAUGUCACCGACCAGAUCCAGCUCAUUACACUGGCCAACAACGAGCUCAAGUCCCUCACCAGCAAGUUCAUGACCACAUUUUGUCAGCUCCGAGAGCUCCGCCUGGAAGGGAACUUCCUGCACCGCCUCCCCAAUGAGGUCAGCACCUUGCAGCACCUUAAGGCCAUCGACCUGUCUCGGAACCAGUUCCAUGACUUCCCUGAGCAGCUCACCACCCUGCCUGAGCUGGAGACCAUCAAUCUGGAGGAGAACGAGAUCGUGGAUGUGCCCGUGGAGAAGCUGGCCGCCAUGCCUGCCUUGCGCAGCAUCAACCUCCGCUUCAACCCGCUGAGCGCCGAGGUGCGCGUUAUCGCCCCGCCACUCAUCAAGUUUGACAUGCUCAUGUCUCCAGAGGGCGCCAGGGCCCCUCCACCUUAGGCCUCGCUCCUCAUGCCCACCCAGCAAGGGACAGAGGCUACCUGGCCUGGCACCCUGAGGGGAGGGAGUCCCAGGGCCCUUGGGAAGCCAAGCUUGGGGGGCUGGGGAUGGGUGGGCUGAACAGUGGUGGGAGGGAGUGCAGCAGUCUGGGAUAGAUAGCUUAGAGCAAUAGGGGGCUGUGGAAUGCCCAGAGGGAGGAGGCAAAGUGGGGGCUAUAGCCUGGACUCUGGGCGUUCUUAGUCUCUGUGCAAACUGGGACAGACCCCCACCCUCUCUGAGUCUUAUAAUUUGGGGAAAGGUGGCCGUGGGCCUUUGCCUCCUUUGGGCUCCUUGGAGGGUUUUAGGAAUCACAGGUCUCCAAGUUACCUUCAAAUCCUCAGUACCUUCUGAGCUCACAGCUGAGCAUCGCUGAGCAUUUUCUGGGCCCCUGUGGAUUGAGGCCUUGCUUCUAGCACUGAGAGCCAGUGACUGCUCUGAGAGGAAUAGAAGACAACAUGCAUCUAUUUAUUGCUUCCUGAGAACCAGCCAGCGGAGGCCCUUCACAGCACCCCACCCUCCGCCCCGUGGAUCCCUGGAUUGGCGGGAGCCUGAACCAGGAGUUGUGGGAAAGCUGCCGAGAGAGUGUGGAUGCUGCAGCAGGGCUGACGGUGUUUACAAAGGAGCUCGAGGACCAUCAGGCCAGGAGACUGGGGAGCAGAUCAAGUGGGCUCUGUUCCUCCUCAGGAUUAAGAAAUUGCUGGGGCGGGAAGUUCUGAGUGCACCUCCCUGGGGGGUGACCAUCGAUGCCUGCAUCACCCCUGGAGCUGCAGGAGAAUGGCCCAGAAGCAAAGCCGUGUGCGCCUGUGCCUCCCUCCACACCGUCUCCCUCUGGCAGCGGUCUGGCUUCCUUGUCAUUGCUUAGCCUGGAGACGAAGGCACUAUGGACCAUUGGAUUUGUAGCCAGCCAGCUCCCGGGCCACCACCCAGAUCCCUGACAACCUAGUCCUUUCUAGGCUCUCAGCCUGGAGUCGAGGGUCUGGUCAGGCAAGAUGGUGACCUGCCAUCCUUGUUUGCUCAGGACACAGGACUUGCAAUGCUAACACAGGGACAGGACCAGCAAACAGGGACAACCCGUGGCUCUACCAGGUGAGGGCAUAGAGCUCUUGCUUCCUGUGACAAUACCUGUGGUUCGGAGAACCCCUGACCUCCUGACCCUGCGGGUAUCUACCUCCCACCAUCUCAGCUGUGGAGCAAGCAGAUCAGAGCCCACCUGGUCUGGACUUCUGUCUGUGUCACAACUUGGGGCAAAGCAGGCCACCCAGAUUCCACCCCCCCAAACCAGUGGCCACUCUUCUACAACUAGGGGUAAGCUGUUCAGAUUUCAGACCACCACUCAGCACUAGCCCAUUCUCAGAACACUCCCAUUUCCUUCCCUUUCCCCAGCCCGAGGCUGCCCCGCCCAGGCCUCCUGUCUGUCGGCCAGAAGCUGACAGAUUGGUAGGUUGUGACCAGGUACUUGAGAACCUGGUGUCCUAGUCAUUGCCUUGUUCACUCUGCUCAUCUCCCAGGCCUGGUCGGUCACUCUCUGGGAAAAGGGUUUUCAGGGUGAGGAAGCCCGGUGAGACCUCUAGGGCUACCAACUUCAGGGGGCGCAAAGAAGGGCUGCAGUCUAGCCCAGCCUGGUCUGGCCCCACCCACUCAACCUGUGUCUUGGAGUGGGGUUCUCCUUUUUGAAGAAGGGGUGCAUUUUCCUGAUAUACAAAAAGGCAUUGCGUGGCCGAAUCCUUGCAACUCAGUGUAGUCUGUGGGCCAGCAGCCUCUGCCUCCUUGGGAGCUUGUUAGAAGUGCAGGGCCCCAAGUCCAUCCCAGAUUUCCAAAAUCAGAGCCUGCUGUCCAAAAGAUCCCCAGGGGAUUCCUACAAGCACUUUACUGUUUGAGAAGCCAGGGUCUGGGGUGGCCCUGGGGGUGUCCUGGGAGUGAAGAGUGGGGUUUCUCAGCUUUCCCCCAACACCAAGUCUGCCCAUCGUGCUCCAUAAAGCAGCAUCUCCCUCCACCCCCCCAGGCCUCUUAGAUCUUUUCAGUCUGUGUGAUACCCCCAGCUAAAGGAGUGACCUGGAGUCACCAGGAAAUGAGGGCCAGGUUUGCCUGGCUCUCUGGCCUGCCUCUUUCUGGUUAACCCCAGAUACCAAGCUGCUGCUUCCCCAGGUCCUCAUCUCAGGCCCUUAGAAGGGGCUGUUUCUGGAAGCUGUUUUCUGCUCUGCUUGGGGGUUUGCCCUGGCCUCUGUGGGGAAGCUUGGGCCAGCAGAGAGGCCCCGGUUGGAGCCUGCAGUGUGAGCCCUUAGCUUCAGUCUGCAAUAAAGAAUGCACUGGUUUCACCUGC